AUCACAAUUUGCGGUGGCAUGCAUGAAGAACUGGAUGGGUCUUCCCAAGUUUUAGGCAGCUACUUAGUUGGGUUGCCCUAGGUUGACGCUUGGCCGACGAGGCGACGACCAUGAUUCUUGGGAGAGGGCAUAGGUUGAAAGCUAUGGCACCGUUCGUUAUGCUACGCCGCGCUGCAUCAUCGACCCCAACCCGGCCACGCGCAUUGACUCGGACGACAUCAUGGAGCACCCGUGGUUCUGCCACGACACGGGCGACGGAGGCGAGCAGGAGCAGCUCAUGCGCGGCCACAAGGAGGAGGCGUGGUUCAAUGCGGAGUUCGAGGAGGACAUGCCCCGGGCCAUGACCGCGUUCGACAUACUGGCAUUUUCGCCUACCUCGGACCUCUCCGGGUUGUUCGACGCCGGGCCGGGCGCGGGGCGGGUGUUCGUCGGCGAGCCGGCCGCGGCCGUGCUGGCCCGGGUCGAGGACGCCGGGAAGAAGCGAGGGCAUCACGUGAGGAGGGAAGGGAAGAACCGUGCCGUCGGGCCGGUGUACGUGGAGGCGGUGUCCGGCGGCGUUGUUGCCAAGGUGACCGUGUUCGGGAUCGCCGACGCGUUGUCGGUGGUGGAGGUCGUCAAGGGCCACGGCACGGAGGCCGCCGCGUUCUGGAGCGACUGGCUCGAGCCGGCCGUGAAGCCUCGGAGAAUGUGAAAGAACACUAGGUUUCCGAGUGCCUCGCCUUGAUGUGCCAUGCCGGUGCCGGCAUGCCGAUCGAGGACGCGGGCGCGUGUGGAGAUUUGUUGUUUCGAUUUUCAACGGAGAAUUCAUGUGUUUUUUUUUGUUCUUCUUCUUUUAUCUGAUCUUGUUAAGCAUGGGCGUUUAAUUUGGAUGGUG